AUGGAACAUACCCAGACACUCACCGACCUGUGCGAGGUGUUUUACGUCGGCGGUAAAUACAUCAGGGAUGAUCGAGGCACCCAUAUGACGGGACAAGCAUGUGUACGACGGUUUGGAAAGAAAGUUGAUAACCGACCGGCAAUCAUCUACAUCCACGGGGCUGCGCAGACCGGCACUCACUGGGAAUCCACGCCGGAUGGCCGACCUGGCAUUGCCCUGCUCCAGGCGGAGGAAGGAUGGGAAUGCUUUGUCGUCGAUCAGCCUGGCGUUGGCAGGUCGCGUUAUCAUGCCGACGACCUGGGAGAACUGACUCACUAUACGGUAGAAGAAUUGGAAGAGUGCUUCACGGCGCCUCCGCAUGAUUCAUACCCUCAGGCAAAACUGCUUACUCAAUGGCCAGGCACCGGCAAGAAAGGGGAUGCCUUCUUCGACGCCUUUUAUGCCAGCCAGGUCGGACACCGAGCAAAAUAUCGAGAUGUGGAGCGGUCCUUUCGUCCUCUUGCCAAAGAUCUUUUCUCUCGUACAGGGCCGGCCUUUUUGGUGACCCAUUCGCAAGCAGGUCUCAUCGGCUGGCACAUUGCGGACGAGUGCCCCGACAUGGUCAAGGGGAUUGUCGCUUUGGAGCCGAAUGGGCCACCAUUCAUCUAUCCAGGGAUGCCCAAAUUCUACACCAGGACGCAAUCUGUCCAGCUGGGGAGCUUGGUGCGCCCAUUUGGCAUCACAUCAACUCCAUUGACCUACGACCCUCCUUUGCCCAAGGGCACGAAAAGCCUGGAUUUCACGCGAGACUCGAAUGAGACCCAUGACAAGGAUCGCGUACCGGGAGCGCGGCUGAAGGCGCCCGCACCGAAGCUGUCCAACCUCUCCUCUAUUCCUAUUGUCGUGGUGACGGCCGAAGCAUCAUAUCACGCUACGUAUGAUCACCACACGGUCCAGUUCUUCCAUGACGCCGGAGUACCGGUCGAGCAUGUAUAUCUGGCGGAUCGAGGCAUACGUGGCAACGGCCAUCUCUUGGCCAUUGAGAAAAAUAACAAGGAGAUUCAGCAAUUCAUCAGCCAGUGGCUGACUGAGACGAUGGUAAAGAAUGCUGCGAAAUAG